CAGCGAGUCCGCAGGCGCCAUGGGCCGCGGGGCCUGCGUGUCCUCGGCGGCGUCGGGGGCCCGCGCCCAGGCCGGCCGGCUGGGCGCCGUGCUGGUUGCGCUGUGCCUCCUGCCCGCGCUCGUGCUGCUAGCCCGGCCGGGGGCCCCGGCAGCCCGGCCCGCCGCGGGCGCAGCGCAGGGAGACAUUGCUGUGCCCCACCCCGCGGGUGUCCUCCCCACCCUGGGCCCCAGCCUGAUGCCCCCCAGUGCGCCCCGCAGACGCCGCUACACGCUGACUCCAGCCAGGCUGCGCUGGGACCACUUCAACCUCACUUACAGGAUCCUCUCCUUCCCUCGGAACCUGCUGAGCCCUAGUGAGACCCGGAGGGGCCUGGCUGCCGCCUUCCGCAUGUGGAGUGAGGUGUCCCCCUUCAGCUUCCGCGAGGUGGCCCCAGAGCAGCCCAGCGACCUCCGCAUAGGCUUCUACCCAGUCAACCACACCGACUGCCUGGUCUCUGCACUUCACCACUGCUUCGAUGGCCCCACGGGCGAGCUGGCCCAUGCCUUCUUCCCCCCGCAUGGCGGCAUCCACUUCGACGACAGCGAGUUCUGGGUCCUGGGCCCCACACGCUACAGCUGGAAGAAAGGCGUGUGGCUCACUGACCUGGUGCACGUGGCGGCCCAUGAGAUUGGCCACGCACUGGGCCUGAUGCACACACAGCACGGGCAGGCGCUCAUGCACCUCAACGCCACGCUGCGUGGCUGGAAGGCACUGUCGCAGGAUGAGCUGUGGGGGCUGCACCGGCUGUACGGUUGCCUGGACCGGCUGUUUGUGUGCGCGUCCUGGGCCCGCAGGGGCUUUUGCGACACCCGGCGGAGGCUCAUGAAGAGGCUCUGUCCCAGCAGCUGUGACUUCUGCUACGAAUUCCCCUUCCCCACGGUGGCUGCCACAGCACCGCCCCCCAGGACCAAAACCAGGCUGGUGCCCGAGGGCAGAAAUGUGACCUUCCGCUGUGGCCAGAAGAUCCUGCACAAGAAAGGCAAAGUGUACUGGUACAAGGACCAGGAGCCCCUGGAGUUCUCCUACCCUGGCUACCUGGCGCUGGGUGAGGCGCACCUGAGCAUCAUCGCCAACGCCAUCAACGAGGGCACGUACACAUGCGUGGUGCGCCGGCGGCAGCAUGUGCUCAGUACCUACUCCUGGCGGGUCCGCCUGCGGAGCUAAGUGCCUACCCGCUGGGUGAGGCCACUGAUAAAGCACUUUCUCUCUCAA